CUUGAAUAAUAUGUACAGAAUGUUCCAUGAACAGUAACAAUACCAACAGCAGUAAGAGCAGUCUUUAAUGUUGGGAUCAGAUGAGUACAAGGCAGCACUACAGGUUAUCAGACUGUCAGCAUUACUGUCAGACACACACAGAACCAGAUGGAGCACAGAGAGGAGGCUGAUGGUGAAACCAGAGUUUUAUAAUGGAAUGAUGCUGACCCUGUCUGGCUGUGUGUUCUGGAUGUUGUCCUCAGGAAUGAUGCUGACCCUGUCUGGCUGUGUGUUCAGGAUUCUCCUACUGCUCCACACAGCAGACUGCGUUACUCAUAAGGUCAUUACUCCAGUUCGUCAAAUCACUGCUGUGGCUGGUGAAAGUCUAGUUCUGCCGUGCUACGUCGACCCCAGCAUCAGUGCUGAGGGCUGGACGGUGGAGUGGUUGAAACCCUCAGAAGACAAAUACCAACGCACCAUCCAUCUUUACAAAGAGGGCAGAGAUGACAAUGAAUAUCAGAAUCCCUCCUUCAAGACCAGAACAACUCUGUUUAAAGAAGAACUGAAGACAGGCAACACCUCCUUGAAGCUGCUCUGGGUUAGAGGCACUGAUGAAGGAACUUACAAAUGUUUUGUUGGGUCACCUACCUUGGACUGGUAUGAUGAUUCCAACAUUGAAGUCCAUGUUAAAGCUGUAGGAUCUCAGCCAGUGGUCUCCAUUGAGGGACACAGAGGGGCAGGGAUGGGUCUGCUCUGUGAGACACAAGGCUGGUACCCUGAACCAGAGAUGGUGUGGCGGGACAUUGAAGGAGUCUCUCUCUCUGCUGAUCCUCCAGAGACGACCAGAGACUCUGAGGGACUCUACACACUCAGACUGAGGGUCACUGUUCAGAAGACAGAUAGAAACCUCUGCAUUUGUAGAGUGAAACAGAAAUACAUGGAGAGAGAUGAGACGGCAAAGAUUCAUGUUCCUGAUGAGCUGUUCUAUCAAGAUCACUCAGGGAAAUGGUCCUUGGCUGGGGUGUUUGGUGUCUCUGUCGUGGGAUUAGCUGUGGCCAUCUGUGUCCUGGUGAAGAGACAUAGAGAUAAAGUUGAUCUUAAGAAAGAGAAUGGUGAGCUCAUUGGGGCGAAUGAUGGGAAGAUGGACGUGUUUGACCUGAAGAAAUACUCCAGAUCAAAGGAAUGUCUUCUGAGGCUGCUGUCAGUGGUCAAAGACUCCAAAACUGCUUUGCUGAAUGACUGUAACCUCUCAGCACUGUGCUGUGAAGCGCUGGCCUCAGCUCUCCCCUCCUCAGAUCUGACAGAGCUGGACUUGAGUAACAACAACCUGGGGGAUUCAGGCAUGAAGCUGCUCUCUGCUGGACUGGGGAAAACAGACUGCAAGCUGGAGACACUGAGGCUGUCAGGCUGUCUGGUCACAGAGGAAGGCUGUGCUUCUCUGGCCUCAGCUCUGAGGUCCAACCCCUUCCACCUGAGGAAACUGGACCUGAGCUACAAUCAUCCAGGAGAAAAAGGAUUGAAGCUGCUCUCUGCUGGACUGGAGGAUCCACACUGCAGACUGGAGAAACUCAAUGUGGAUCAUGGUGGAGAGUGCAGGAUCAAACCUGGCCUUAGGAAAUAUGCCUGUGAGCUCACACUGGACCCAAACACAGCAUACAGACUCCUCUCUCUGUCUGAGGAGAACAGAAAGGUGACAUGGAGGGAAGAGGAGCAGCCGUAUCCUGAUCACCCAGAGAGAUUUGACUACUGGUCACAGGUGCUGUGUAGAGAGGGUCUGUCUGGGCGCUGUUACUGGGAGGCAAAGUGGAGUGGAAGAUGGGUUGGUAUAGCAGUGACAUAUAAAGGAAUCAGCAGGAGA